GCCACAAAAAGGUUAAAAGCUAUCUUGAGGACGUAACGCUGAAUCCAACUACAGCGUACCCAUUCCUCAUCCUCUCAGACGACCGCAAACAGAUGAAACGCGGCGAGAAGCUGCAGUUCUACAGGAACAACUCGCACCGCUUUGAUGUUUGGUCCUGUGUGCUCGCGAAAGACGGCUAUGAAUCUGGAAGACACUACUGGGAGGUAAAUGUUGGUGAGAAUAAGGACUGGAAGCUGGGAGUGGUGCGUGACUCGGCCCAGAGGAAAGGUCUGUUUGACAUGACCCCUGCCAUUGGUUACUACGCACUGUGGUGGAGUGGGAACUAUUUACGCGCUCUGACCGCGCCGCCUCUCGCUAAGGUUAAGGUCACGGGUCACUUGCGGCGUAUCGGCAUCUAUCUGGACUGUGAGGAGGGUCAGCUGGUCUUCUACAAUGCCAAGACAGGAUCUGAGGUGUAUUCAUUUACAGUAGCGUUCUCAGAGAAGCUGUUCCCACUGUUCGGCACGGGCGAUAAAGAUGUGCCGCUGAUGCUGAUGUCUCCAUUUGUCAGUGUCCCAGAAUGAGAAUGUGUGACUCUUGAAGGACAAAAGCAAGGAAGAAGAAAGGCUGAUCAUCUUUGUAGAAAGUAAGGCAGAACUCCUGAAAAUGAGUUCAGGGCAAAGAAAAGAGAGAUUAAUAAUGUAGGACACUCAGACCUUGUGGUUUACCUGUAGGUCAGGGGUUAGGGAAUGCAGAAACUAUGAAGUGAAAUAAAGUUGAAAUUACACACUCG